UUUUUAUUUCAGAUUAUCCCACCAAAAGAAUGUCAUCAAAUGAUGGAUAUAAUCGAAAUGAGGAUCCAAACAAUGGCAUUUCAUCAGCAGAUGAUCUGGCCAGCAACAGAGUGCCUUCAUCUACAACACGACUGCAACAACAGAUAGUACCAAAUGAGGCCACACAUCUAAAGGGUCAAUCCAAACAGGCCUAUUUCAGUGAUGAAAAAGUUCUUAUACCCGAAACAGAAUCGAUUGGUUUCAGUUGGCGCAAAUUAUGGGCGUUCACUGGUCCAGGGUUUCUGAUGUCAAUUGCCUAUCUCGAUCCGGGUAACAUUGAAUCUGAUCUACAAAGUGGUGCUGCAGCAAAAUAUAAAAUUCUAUGGGUUCUAUUGUGGGCGACCGUGUUGGGUUUGUUGAUGCAACGCUUGGCUGCAAGAUUGGGUGUUGUAACCGGUCUACAUUUAGCUGAAAUGUGCUAUCGUCAAUAUAAAAAAGUGCCACGCUUUAUAUUAUGGAUAAUGAUUGAAAUUGCAAUCAUUGGAUCUGAUAUGCAAGAGGUCAUAGGUACCGCUGUUGCAAUAUAUUUACUAUCCAAUAAAGUCAUUCCUUUGUGGGGCGGUGUAUUGAUAACCAUAGUGGACACAUUUACAUUUUUGUUCUUAGAUAAGUACGGUCUACGUAAACUUGAAUUUCUAUUCGGUCUUCUUAUCACCGUGAUGGCUGUGACAUUUGGUUAUGAGUAUGUUGUUUCGGCUCCCAAUCAAGGCGAAGUGUUGGAGGGUAUGUUUAUACCCUGGUGUAAAGAUUGCGACUCACAAGUUUUGCUGCAGGCAGUAGGUGUAGUGGGCGCUGUUAUUAUGCCACAUAAUUUAUAUUUGCAUUCCGCUUUGGUUAAGUCUCGUGAUGUUGAUCGUCGUCAGCCAACUAAAGUUCGUGAAGCCAAUUUUUAUUUUUUCAUUGAAGCCUCAGUGGCUUUGUUCGUUUCCUUCAUUAUUAAUUUGUUUGUUGUAUCGGUAUUUGCCCAUGGAAUGUUUGGUAAAACAAAUGCUGAUGUGUUACAAGUCUGUGAAAAUCAACCAAUGUACGCAGAUGCCGUCAUCUCAUUUGGCAAUAAUACCGAAAUCAUUGAUGCCGAUUUGUAUAAAGGUGGCUUAUUUUUGGGUUGUACAUUCGGUGCUGCCGCCAUGUAUAUUUGGGGUGUUGGCAUUUUGGCUGCUGGUCAGAGUUCGACAAUGACUGGUACAUAUGCCGGUCAAUUCUCGAUGGAGGGUUUCUUGAAUUUGCAAUGGCCCAGAUGGCGUCGUGUUUUGUUCACUCGGCUCAUUGCCAUUAUUCCCACAUUCUUUUUGGCUUUCUUUAGUCGCAUGGAAGAUUUAACUAAUAUGAAUGAUAUAUUGAAUGCAGUUAUGUCAUUGCAAUUGCCAUUUGCUGCCAUACCAACAAUAGCAUUUACAUCGUGUUCAGCAAUUAUGGGUGAAUUUGUUAAUGGAGUAGGCAAUAAAGUUGUUUCAAUUUUAUUAACUAUAGUUGUUAUAGCUGUUAAUUUAUAUUUUGUUAUAAAUCAAGUUGAAGCUUUAAGUAUUGAAGGAGGUGUUUUAGCUGUAGUCUGUAUAUUUGCCAUUUUAUAUUUAUUAUUUAAUCUAUAUCUUGUGAUACAUAUGAUUGCGUGCAUGGGCAAUAAAAGCUUUAUGAAUAAUCGGUGGGUCCAAAAAUGGGUACUUCCAAGCCAAAAUAGUUUUUCAAUAAAAAAUGCCAAUUCCACAUAUGCAAGUGAAUUGUCAUUACAUGACAGUGGCAUACCGGUAUUUUCGUUAUCAUAUCGAAAUUAUUGAAAAUGUUUAUUAUUUAUUUUAUAUUUCUCUUGUGAUUAUAUUUAUUUAAUAAUUUAUUACAA